UUUUUGCGCGAUAAAAUGUUAAAUUUGAAUAUUAUAAUUUUGAGUUUAAUUGUUAUCAAUAGUGGCGCUAUUGGUCAUGAAUGUGAGGGUUCCAAUACACUGACGUAUGUCGAUGAGAUUGAGAUACUUAAAAAGAUUUUUAACAAUUUGAAUGAUCUUAAAAGUGGUCUUAAGCAGUGUAAUUCAAGAUUUGAAGAAAGUCAGAAAGAUUUUGAGGUCACUUUAAAUGAUUCAUCUAUAUUCGAUAUUCGUUUUGAUGCUCUACCUGAAAAGUGCAAAACCAAGGUCCCACCCAAAAGUUGUGCCGAAGCCACUUACUGCACUCAGCGUAGUGGUAUAUAUAGGAUAUUGUUGGAAAAAUACAGCAGUGAACCUUUUCUGGUCGAGUGUGAUAUUAAGACUGAAGGUGGUGGCUGGAUUUUAAUACAAAGACGUCAAGAUGGCUCCGUGGAUUUCUAUCGCAAUUGGGCUGAAUACCAAAAAGGAUUUGGCAACAUCGAUGGAGAAUUCUUUAUUGGUCUAGACAAGUUGCAUGCCCUGACAAACUACAAUGGUCCACAGGAGUUGCUUAUUGUUUUGGAAGAUAAUAACGAAAUCAAACAGGCAAAGUACAGUAACUUUGUUGUCGGCAAUGAGAGUGAAAUGUAUGCUUUAAAACAUUUGGGAGUUUAUUCGGGAGAUGCAGGCGAUUCCUUGAUCUCGCAUAUGGGCAUGAAAUUUAGUACCAAAGAUCGUGAUAAUGAUGAGUAUGAAUCGAAUUGUGCGGAAGUUUAUACUGGUGCUUGGUGGUACAAGAAAUGUCAUGUAAGCAAUCUCAAUGGCAAAUAUGGUGAUCAUGCGUAUGCCAAAGGCAUCACAUGGCAGACAUUCCGUGGUUACAACGUCUCUACUAGACAUGCUAAAAUGAUGAUCAGACGCAGAAGAUUUUAAAUGUUCAUUCUAGAUUAAAGACAUUUAUUUAACAAUGCUUUUGGUUUUGAAAUAAAAUAAAGAAUACUUAACGGAACAGUUUAAAUAAA